AUGCCAUCCCUACUCACUCUCCCUGCUGAAUUGCGAAACCAGAUCUAUGACCUCUUAUUCAUUGAAUCAUGUCCCUACACCUGUACAACCAAUGACACCCUUCGCUCGCACCAAAGUCUCGCCGAUUUUGGCAAGCCUACCAGUCUAGACGGGCCUACAUCGACACCUGCCCAGCCUUUACUCCUCACAUGUCGCCAGAUGCAUAGAGAAACCCAGCUUCUGCAUCUCCAACGCACCUCCUUCACUAUUGGCGGCCUGUAUGCCGACCCCGAAGCCUUUGCACGUCUCUGUACAGCCAACCUACCACAACCGCUCGUAAAGCAACUCAGGCACAUCACCCUGGUCGGUCGCAUCAAUCGUUUACGUGCUCUGAACGAGUCUUGGAAUGGUGUACCCUUUGGCAACCCACAUCUAUCGCUCGAGACAUUGGUCCUCGUCCCACGACGCCCUGCGCAAUAUGAUCGCCAUUAUGCCGAGAUAGCAGACUUGGAUUCAGCACACACUUUGUCCUACACCUUGUCCGAGACGUUGAAGAACCUGCACAAUGUCGAAAGAGUAGUAGUGAGAAAUGAAGAUGAGUGUUUCAAUGAUGUCGUAUGGAAGGUUAUAUACCGGAGUUUGAUCAGUCGCCUGCUGAGAUGGGGUGGCAAGUUGUGUAGCUGUAGGUUCAGAGAAGGCCAUGGCUGGUUUGAGAUCCUCGUUGAUGGUCGGAAUGCAGAUCCUGAGGUUUAUAGGGAUGCCGAUACCGUGUUCCAGCGUAUAAUGGGUUAG